AGUUACAAAGGCUGCAGUUGGGAGGGACCCUCAGAUAGUUUUGGUGGCCCAUUCUGUACUUCUUGGAGGUAACAUAUGAAUGUGUUGGAGGAGAAAGUAAACCAUCAUAUAUUCUCCUUUCAUCUUGUUUAAACUGUUGGAAGAAGCGCCUUUAAGAAAAAGAUUAAGGCAAAAUGACAACUGCUCGAUUUUAUUGCCAAUACUGCAUGGCAUCACUUGUUGGGAAGAAGUAUGUACUAAAGGAUGACAAUCCAUACUGUGUUUCUUGUUACGAUCAUAUCUUUUCUAACUAUUGUGAGGAGUGCAAAGAACCAAUUGAAUCGGGUUCCAAGGAUCUUUGUUACAAAGGCCGUCACUGGCAUGAGGGAUGCUUUAAUUGCACCAAAUGCAGUCACUCUUUGGUGGAAAAGCCUUUUGCUGCCAAGGAUGAGCGCCUGCUCUGCUCCGAGUGCUAUUCUAACGAGUGCUCUUCCAAGUGCUUUCACUGCAAGAAGACCAUCAUGCCUGGUUCCCGCAAAAUGGAAUUUAAGGGUAACUACUGGCAUGAAACCUGCUUUGUGUGUGAGCAUUGCCGACAGCCAAUAGGAACGAAACCUUUGAUUUCCAAAGAGAGUGGCAAUUACUGCGUGCCGUGUUUUGAGAAGGAGUUUGCUCACUACUGCAGCUUUUGUAAGAAGGUGAUAACUUCAGGUGGGAUAACGUUCCAUGACCAGCCAUGGCAUAAGGAGUGUUUUCUGUGCAGCGGCUGUAGGAAAGAGCUCUGUGAGGAAGAGUUCAUGUCCAAGGAUGACUAUCCAUUCUGUCUGGACUGCUACAACCAUCUUUACGCCAAAAAGUGUGCCGCCUGCACCAAGCCUAUUACUGGUCUCAGAGGUGCCAAGUUUAUCUGCUUUCAAGACCGCCAGUGGCACAGUGAAUGCUUUAACUGUGGGAAGUGUUCGGUCUCCUUGGUGGGGGAAGGCUUCCUGACUCACAACAAGGAAAUCUUCUGCCGCAAAUGUGGCUCUGGGGUGGACACUGACAUCUAGAAGGAGACAGUCCCUCCCCACCGGAAAUCCACCCUUGCUUUUGUUCUCACUAAAUCCAAAACUCAACUGACAUUGCACUUCUGACUUAAUUUUUAGAAAAAAUUCUUAUAGAGUUUAUAGCACAAGUAUUUUUGCACACAUUCUAAUUGAACUAUAAGGGCUCAGAAAAAGCACAGUCUAACAGAAAUGAAUAGACUCUAAAUCACAAAGACACCUUUCCUUGCAAAAUACUGCACUCUGCUGUUAGAAAAUAUGGAAAAAUAUUUCUUUAUUGUAAUCUAAUGUAUAACCUAUACCUACAAGUCAUGGAUUUUAUUACUAAAAACUGAUGUUUUUCAAAACUGCAGAGUAAGAAGGAUAUCAAGAGAUCAAAUUGAAAGACAAAUAUAUGAGACUAAGGUUUGCAUUCCUCACUAGUUAUACGUAACAUGCUUAGCUGUGAAUGGUAGAAAAACAAAGAUGGUCAGGGAAAACAUCAGUAAUCAUCAUAUUUAGGUAUUUUGUCAUUUUAUCAUUCUCUUAUUGUUCACAAGUACUAACUUUGGAGUUGAAAAACAAAGCUACAAUUUGCACUCAUCCUCCCCGCUUCCACAACUAGUUGGUUACCAUAUUUAAUCAAAGGAAUUUGAGAAUUCUGGGCACCUUGCCUCUCAUUUUCUGCAUAAUUCAAAGGUAUCCUUUCCCCCCAGGGAUAGUUGAAGCAUAGGUUUCAACACAUUUUGUGUUAAAAGCAUUUCAAAGUCCACAAUGAAACUUUUUUCUAAAUAUUUACAUAUUCCCUGAAAGAAAAGUCUAUUCUUUCAAAAGAGCAAACCAGGAUAAUCAUUGUCCCCAAAGGCAAAUCUUUAAAGUAAAUUGAUCACUAAAUCAUCACUUGUGGAAAUGAGUUUUAGGGAAGGGAUUGUGUGUUGGAACAUGACUUUCAUCCAGAUAUCUAAAGGCAUAAUAGAAUGCAUAAUUAGCUCUGAGCCUCAUGCAUUUUGCCUUCCAACAUUUCACAGGUGAUUAAUGAGAAGACACAGAAGUGAGUUUUAAAGAAAUCUAGUAAUAAUAAUAACCGAAAAAGAAUAACUCACUGCUGAUAAUUCAGGACCUGUGAAGAAGCACAAUAGAGCAAUAAGGCCUGUAAAUGAGGCUUCCUCCACACCUGGGCUACCCACAGCACCCUGCCUAGAGCUUCAGUCUCUUACAGGGACUCUGAUGGGCACUCUCAACCUUCAGGAGCCACUCUACAAAUAAACCAGUGUGUUUAUUGGUCACGGCCUUAAUGAAAACCUAUCACUAUGUGUUUAUCUUUAUACCACACAUCUACUGAUGAUGACCCUAACUAGCGGCCCCUGGACAAGAAUUUCCACAUUAUGUAGGAUAAAUGGAAAUCAAACUCUGUUCUCAUUCAAUUAUGACCCUUGGUUAUAGCGUCACGGGUGCAGCAGACAGAGGUCAGGAGAGGAAAUCCAGACUUGACACGACAUUUUUAUAAGUGUCUACUCCCAUAUUAGUGCAUGAAAGUUUCGGACUGAAGUCUAAUUACAUGCUGUGGUUGACUACAAUGGUUAAAGCAGCAUCAGAGAAGAUUCAAUUAAAAUUGUUAUGGAAACACAAUUUUUGAAAAAGUUUAAAAUGCAAGAACAUUUGGAGAUAUUAGCAAUUUAGAGAUACAAAUAAAAGGUCAGGCUUCAUCGGCUAUUUGAAAGAUAUAAUUGUCCUUUUUUGGGUAUUAACAAUGCCAAGAUAUUUUCUCAUAUUAACAUUUAAAUGUAGGCAAAAAUAUCAAUAUUCUUCCUGCAUUGUUUGAAAUUGCACAUGUAGAACUGAAUAUGCCAAUUGUUCAAUGCUUUAGAAUAUAAUAACAGUGAACCAUAUAUUUAGAAAGCCAAGCCAUUGUGAAUCUGUGUGGAUAUACAAUAUGUAAUACUGUCUCAAUUAAUCAAUUAGAAGUAAACAUACAAAAUGGUUUUUCUUCAACAAUUGGUAUCGCUUAGGCAUUUUGCCGUGUGAGACUGGGGGGAGGUGAGUAUGCACAUGAUCAGAGUUGUUACUUAAUUCACAGAAUCAUUUCCAAGACAGAGAUUUUGUCAUCCUUUGCUAAGUAUACCUAAGUAUAUCAUAUCACUAAGCCACCUUCUAAAUGUGGAAUUAUCUCUAUUUUUAGAAGACAUUUCUUCCAUAUUUAGUGGGUAGCUUAGUCACCAAACACGUAUUAAACAUGUACAACGCACAGUUAGAGCUCAAGCUGCUAUGCUUCUGGGGUGGGGGGAGGUAGAUCAGGGUACGGAAGCACUGGAUGCCAGAUGCAGAGAGCUCAUAAAAAGCGCCACUGUGGACCUAACACACACAGAGCAGCAACUGAGAAAAGACACGAUUAGACUGACACAUAAAGAUAAAAGCAAAAAUCAUACGUAAUAUGUGAUAGGUGGUUUACGUCAAUAAAAAGAAAACCCCUCUGACUGACUUAUCACAAGAUGGAAUGGACUGUCUCAGAAAGCAGUGGGCUCCCAAGAUUCAGGACAUGACAUCUGCCCAAAUAGGGAAGCUGUUAGAAACCAAUCCUGUGUGCUGAGAAAAACCCAAUGGCUUGGAAGUAGCAGAGCAACUGGGCCAAAGAGGAAGAAGAAAUGGGAUUGCUAAAGAAAAGGGUCAGAUGAAGGGAGAGGAUGAACUCUUAGGAUAAAAGGUUUAUACUUAAUAGAAUAGGAAAGAGAAAGGUAGUUACUGUUCUUAAAAAGAGGAGAAAAAUGUGUAAAGAACAUUGUGCUAAUGAUCGCACCUGGCGUAGAACUGAAGAGGGCAAGUUUCUGAAGGUGAAGAUAUCUGACCCCAGUGAUACCUUUGAUUAGUGGCUGCAGAAGUGAAGAAAGGGGCAGCAAUAGGUAAUGCAAACCAACAGCUAGAUUUAAUGAUAUAGAUGAGUGAACAAGUCAAUGAAUCAAAUAAUAAAAUAUUUGAUAAAUAAUUGAUAAUUAUCAAAAAUAUUUGAUAAACAUUUAAUAAAAUAAAAUAACUGUUGUCAUGUUGUGGUUAGGGAUGAAAAAGAAAAAUGCAGAAAGAAUUUCUGCUUUCAUCGUAAGAGGAAGGGUGCCCAAGUCUUCAUUUUUCACUCAACAAAACCAUAACACAUUAUAUUAGAAAAAUCUAGGGCCUACUGGUUAAGUGAAGUGUAAUGGAGCUAUAAUCAUGGGUUGAAAACUUACUUUAAAAAAAAGAAACAUUAAAUUUUACUUUGGAGGGAAAGAUUGCUCAACCAUGGUAAAAAUGAAUCACACUGUCAAAAAAGACCUUGGUUAAAUAUCACUGCAAAAUUUAGUCCUACAAAUGAAAAAUUAACCUAAAAAUGUAUGUCUGUUGUUAGUAUUAACAACAUUUUUUAAGAAAAAAUUACUUUUUUAACCUACUUUUGGUAUGUUGAUAGCAAUUCAUGUUUUAAAUAGGAGAAGAUGGUUAUAAUAUGCUUGAGGUGUAUUUCAUUGAGCACAGAAAUUAUUCUCAAAUACAAUCAUAGAUGUUCAUUAUUACAAUAAUAUCAUUUUUGCUUGUUUUAUAAAUUCUGAUUUUCAAAAUUUUCUUAAGCUAAAUAAGUUUUAUAGUACAUAUUUCUCAAACUGUAUUUAGAGAUUUAUUUUUUACAUUAACUGUGCAGUAAGCAAGAUAGAUAUGGAGUAACUUUAUAGUGUUUAUAUGUCUAUUACAUAGUAGUUAUGAAUUUUAUCUUCACUUUUACAAUACCUAAAUUAGCCAUUUGUUCAAAUAUCAUUUCAGAGUAUUAAAACAGGAAUGCUGCUGCUGCUGCUGAAGCAUAAUUCAAUUCUGUCUGAACCAAACAGUAAUAUCUACAUAUCUAUGUUCUGUCUUACAAUGAUCAAAUUUUAAAAUAUUCUAAACUAAGAAUUAUUUUAAUGACUAUAUCUGUGAUUCUAAAAAUAUUCUAUCAGAGAUAUCUCACUUCAGUUGAAUUUUCUUAUUUCUUAUUUUGAGGUAGUCUUCUGCUAAUUUCUUUUCAUUUAUAUACUAGAGGAAUUGGUAAGACUCUUAUUGCUUUUAAUCUCUUAUUAAUUUUGUCUAAAGCAAAAUCUGCAUCUGUAAUAGACUCCAUGUAACUUCAGCUAAUCCAUACUACAAGCAUCAAUUAAAUUCUCUCUAGAGUUACAUUAGAUGAUUCAUUUAAUGUCAGAAUGUAUUUCACAAAAAAACAUUCAGAAAAAUAUCUCUCACCAAACAUUUCUAGUGCAUUUUUUUAAGCUGUAGAGCUUUGAAAUAUGAUGAAAUUCUUAUGGAUACUCAAUAAACAUUUACAUCUUGGAA